AUGUUCGUCCCAACGGUAGAACGUGGAAACGAUAAAGCAGAAAAGACUAGAGAUGAUGUUCAAAUUUAUUAUAUUAGUCAAAAAUACAUUCAAAUGGAAGAAAAGUUUCCUGAUGAAAUUUUUAUUGAAUUCUUCCACUGUAUACCCAUUGUUGAUCUUUAUCGUGCUUUUUACGGAUUAAAUUAUCGUUUGAAUUGUAUUUUAAUGGAUCGACGUUCCACUAAUCUCAGUUUAAAUCUUUUUAAAAUGUCUCUCAAUGAUCAAACUUAUUUACAAGAAAAUAUUUUUCAAAAUCUCCCAUCUAUCCGAAAUAAGAUAACAUAUAUGAAAUCAGAUUAUUAUGUGGGUGGUGCCGUUAUAUCGUACAACCUUCCAAGGUUUUUAUCCGAUAUAAAUAAUUAUAAAAAUUUACAUUCAAUUACAUUAACACUUUUUAAUGGUGAUCAUCUCAAACAAAUAUUAAAUUUAUCAUUCGAAUCUCGUGAGAAGUUAACAUGUUUAAAACUACAGUAG